GUACUAUCAUUGCUAUAAUAAUAGAUCACAUGACUUGGUGUGUUGUGACCGCGGUGAACUCAAUACAAAACGAUACUAAACAAUGCCUGUGGUGUGAAAGGGAAACCUGCCCUCUGUUUUGAAUGUUUUGGGAGCCAGUGCUUCAAAGAAGUUUGAAAGAAGGAGGCGGUGUCUGAUAUUUGGAUUGCAUUGCCAGUUGAUAGGUUCCUUAAAUUCAGAAGCAUGUUGUCAGCAAGGCAGGGAAAGCGGCCGGUAGUCGCUUGCCCACUGUGCUCUGCAAAACAUUUGCCUCAAAAAGGAUCCCUUUCCUCUGGAAUUUAUGCCUUCAAUUGUGAGAACUGUGGCCAUUUCUUCAAAUUCAAAGCAGUUGCAGAUGUGAAGAGCACCAUUACUUUCAGCAUUAAUGGCAAAGAGUACACAGUUGGCAAUGAGUACGACCCAGCCACGUCCCUGCUGGAGUUCAUGCGUCGCACCGGCGUCUCCACCGGUACCAAACAGUGCUGCAAAGAGGGCGGCUGUGGGGUGUGCCUGGUCACUGUCACCCUGCUGGAACCCAUCUCUGGGGUCAAAACUCCGUACACAGUCAACUCGUGUUGCCUGCAGCUGUACACAUGUGACGGUCUGGAAGUGACUACGGUUGAGGGCUUGGGCAACACUCGUAAAGGGCUGCACGCCAUACAGGACAGGCUUGCCAAGUACGAUGGUGCUCAAUGUGGCUUCUGCAGCCCUGGCCAGGUCAUGAACAUGAAUGGGAUUUUGCUUAAAAAUCCCAAGCCAACCAUGCAGGAAAUUGAAGAUGAAUUUGAUGCAACCAUUUGCAGAUGUACAGGCUAUCGGUCAAUUUUGGAUGCCAUGAAAUCCUUUGCUGUUGAUGCCCCGGCCAGCCUGCCUGGAGGCUUGAUUGACAUUGAGGAACUGGAAGGCAAAAUGUGCAGAAAGAGUGGAAAGCCUUGCACAGGUCACUGCAGCAAAACCAAUGAGAGGAAAGAUAAGGCUUGUGGGAAUCAGACGGACCAAUCAAUACACAUCGUGAGUAAUGGCAGCCAAUGGCUGAAGCCAACCAGUCUGCAGGAGCUGUGUGGUCUGUUGGACAAGCAUCGUACUGAUAACUACAGACUUGUGUUUGGCAACACUGGCUUUGGAGUGUACAAGGAAAUUGGGCCAUGGAUGUACAGUAUUCUUAUUGACUUGCGUGGUGUCAAAGACAUGUACACCAUUGACUUUGACCCAACCAUCGUUCUUGGGGGAAACCUGAGCAUCAGUAACCUCAUUGACCUCUUCCAGCGCUCCCAGACGGAUCCCAGCAUCUCAUAUGGAGCUGCUUUUGCCAAGCACCUGAAGAAAGUUUCAAUGCAUGGCAUUCGUAACAUGGCUGCCUGGCCAGGCAACCUGAUGCUGAAACACCUACACAAUGAGUUUGUGUCUGAUAUUUUCAUGCUUCUGGAGACAGUUGGAGCUCGUUUGAUCAUUUUUGACGGAGAUGGCACCCGCAGUGAAGUGUCUCUGCCAGACUUUCUGUCACUGGACAUGAAGGGCAAGGUCAUUGCGGCAAUGGCGCUGCCAACGUUUCAGUCAAAAAAUAUGGUCUUCCAAACUUUCAGAACCAGCCUCCGACUUCAGGCAUGUCACUCAUAUGUCACAGCUGGCUUCAAGUUUGAGUUGGAUGCAUCGCAAAACUACCUCGUGCAAAGCAAACCCAGCAUUGUGAUCCUUGGAAUCAAUGCCAAGCUGAUCCAUGCCUCUGUGACAGAGGCCUACUUGGAAGGCAAACAACUGGGAGAUCCAGCAGUGCUCAAAACUGCUCUGUUGACCUUGUCCUCUGAGCUGGUGCCUGAUGUGUCGCCUUUAGGAGGCGGGACCGCCUACAGGAAGUCCCUGGCGUUGUCCAUGUUUUAUAAGUUUGUUUUGGGAGCUUGCAAGACCAAAGUGAGCCCUCGCUAUACCAGUGGAGGCAGCAGUCUGGAGCGCUCUCUCAUCGUGGGCAAGCAGGACUUUGACUCUGACCCGACAGAGUUCCCUGUGUCCAAGCCAAUGAUGAAACUGACUGCAGACUAUUUGACAACUGGAGAGGUCAAGUUUUUGGACGAUCUACCUUCUGCCCCUGGUCAGUUGUCUGCUGCAGUUGUCAUAAGUCAAGUAGCCAAGGCCAAGAUCGACAAAAUUGACCCUUCAGCUGCUUUGAAACUGCCUGGAGUUGUGGAUUUCAUCAGUGCCUCUGACAUCCCAAAGGGUGGCGUGAACAACUGGCGUCCAACUGGCAUAUAUGGAGAUGCCACAGAGGAGUUACUGUGUUCUGGUAAUGUGGUCUACAAUGGUCAGCCUAUUGGUAUCAUCGUAGCAGACACAGAAACAACAGCCCAGACAGGAGCGUCCAUGGUCCAGGUCACAUAUAAAGAUAUUCAGGAGCCGAUUGUGGACAUAAUGGAUGGAAUCCAAAAGAAAUCCUUCUUCCCCAAUCCUCCGCCACCCGUUGUGGUGGGAGAUGCCAAAGGAGCCAUUGCUAAGGCUCCUCUGAAGGUUAGUGGUGGCAUUGCUUGUGGUGAUCAGUACCAUUUUCACAUGGAGUCUCAAGCUUCUUUUUGCACGCCCUCUGACCUUGGAGGUAUGAACGUCGUUGCUACUUCACAGUGGAUUGAUGGUGUGCUGGGCACCGUAGCACAAGUCUUGGGAUUGCCAGAGUCUACUGUGACAGUGGAGAACCAGCGCUUAGGCGGAGGCUUUGGAGGCAAGAUCAGUCAGAACUUCUUGGUGUCGGGACUGGCGGCUUUGGCUUCUUAUGUCACCCAGAGGCCUGUGAAGCUGCAUUUGGACAUCCAUACCAACAUGAAAAUGCUGGGGAAGCGUACACCAUAUUAUGCCGAGUAUGAGGUUGGGUAUGAUCAUGCUGGCAAACUGGCUGGCGUUGACAUAUCCGUGUAUGGAGAUUUGGGGUGGAAUUUGUCAGUAGCCGAAACUCCUAUGGCCUACAUGAAGUACUGGUUGGACAAUGCAUACUACUGCCCUAACUGGCUGUGGACUCCCAUCGCAGUGAAGACGGACAAGCCAAUGAACACAGCAUGCCGGUCCCCAGGUUCUGUGCCAGCUAUUUUCAUCAUGGAAUCCAUAAUGGAACAUGUGGCCAAAGCACUGAACAAAGAUCCACUGGAUGUCCGCAAAGAGAACCUUUAUGUCAAAGGCCAGCAUUCGCCAUCGGGUAUGGUCUUAGAGUACUGCACGAUCCGGGCCGUUGUCGCUCAGCUGGAGACUGACAUCAAACUGGCAGAGCGGAAGCAACAGGUGGAAGCUUUCAACAAGGCCAACAGAUGGAAGAAGCGUGGCCUAUCCGUGAUGCCCAACAGGUUUGCCAUUAGUUGGAGCGGGGCCAUGUACAACACAUCAGUGAUCAUCUACCACGGCGAUGGAAGUGUGGCCAUUGCUCAUGGAGGAAUCGACAUGGGGCAAGGGAUCAAUACAAAGGUGACCCAGGUGUGCGCCUACAAGCUGGGCAUCCCCAUGGACAAGAUUCGUGUGAAAACAUCCUCGACCACCAUCAAUGGCAACUCGAUCACCACUGGGGGGUCCAUCACAUCUGAACUGGCUUGCAAAAGUGUGAUUGAGUGUUGUGCCAUUCUCAAAGCACGUAUGGCUCCGGUCAAAGCCAAGAUGGUUGACCCAUCAUGGGAGAAGCUGGUGGCUCAAUGUUAUGCUGACAUGAUCGACCUAACUGCCUCCUACAUGACCCACCCCAAAGACCCAUACCCAGCACACUACAGUUGCUACAGUGCUUCCUGUGUUGAGGCUGAAGUGGACAUCCUCACCGGUCAGUACCAACUCAGACAGAUGGAUAUGCUCUAUGACUGUGGACAGAGCAUGAACCCAGAACUGGACAUCGGUCAAGCUGAGGGAGGCUUUGUGUUUGGCAUGGGUUAUUUCCUGCAGGAGCAGAUGGUGUACGACCCAAAGACAGGAGAGGCUCUCAACGCUGGCACCUGGGACUACAAACCACCGUUGGCCAAGGAUUUGCCCAUGAACUUCAACUUCAAGUUUCAGAAAAAUGCACCAAAUCCACUGGGCGUCCUGCGUUCAAAGGCUGUGGGAGAGCCUCCCGUCACCAUGGCUGCUGCAUCACUCUUUGCCAUAAAGCAUGCUGUGGAGGCCGCCAGAGCCGAGAUCAGCAAAGAUACUUUCUUUCCAUUAAAUGCUCCAGCCACGGUGGAAAAAGUCCAGUCUCUGUGUCUCAACCAAACUGACCAGUACACCUACGGCAACUGAGGGCAUUGCCAGGAGCGCUCAUCUUUGUUGGAUUAAUAUAACAUACUUCUUCUAUUUAACUUUUGAACUGUUUGGGUUCUUGCAUAAAUCGCUUAACUUUUUACUUGUGAAGUUGUGGAUUUGUUAAACUAAUACCAUCACCUUAUGAUAUUGAGCUCCCAGUUUAUGCUAAAAAAAAUCAGCUCUGGAUAUUAGACGAAAUGUAUUGUCACUGUGCAGUCAUAUUUUCUUAAAUAUUGAACUAGCACCAUCACCUCAUGAUAUUGAAUUCCCAGUUUAUGCUAAAAGUCAGCUCAGGGUAUUAGACAAAAUGUGUUACCUUGGUAAAGCUAUGUUUUUUAAUAUUUUUAGAAUUAUAUUCUUAGUUUAAAUUCUUGUAUGUGACUGUGUAACUUAUAGCCAGAAUAGAUGGUGAGAGCAUUGUUUCGUUGUACCCCAAAAAUUCUGUUGUGAUGGUGAUCAUGCUGCUUGGCUAGAUUGUUUUGCAGCCCUUAAUCUUUCCUUUUUUUGAAUCAGUAAUAAGAAUUUUUAAUCCCUUUUAAUCCUCGAUUUAAAUGUUACAUGCUUGUUUGUACAGAAUGUAAUCUUCGUCUUUAAACAGAUUCCUGCUGUGAGUGACACAGGCAACACAAAUAUAAAAUGGCUUCCAAUAGAAAGGGAAGGAAAGGAAGUCUUGAUUGAGUAGGAAAGAUUUAAAACUCAUUACCAAAGUUCAAAUGUAUACACUAGGCUCUAAGAGAAAUAUAUAUAAUUUCAUCUGGCCUCUGUGACCCUGCUGAUGCUGCCAGAUUUCUAUGAUGGGAUCUUUAGAGUAUUAAUUUCAAACAUUUGCCUAAGAGAAUGCAAAAGUUUUAUUGAGUAUCUAUGUAGUGUGUCUCCCACCACAGGAUGAAUUUGUUAAGUUGGUUUUCUUUUUUUUGUUUUAGUCAUUGUCCUGACUUUUUCUUUACAUGUUUCUUGCUAUAUUUUUACAGUUUUGUGAGCUUUAAAUCAAUCAAGACUCGGGUCUUUGACCUUAGUAACACUCCUCAUGAUGCUGAAAUUUCUAUUUACACUCUAAAAGCUUUUUUUGCUUAUUAUAUUUACCAUAUCUAUAUGAUUUGUAUGUGUGAAGCUAAUUCUAAUGCUGUGAUGAAAUGUAUGUCUCGUAGUUGUGAACACAACUCUAAUUAUUUUUUACCUAUUGUAAAUUACUAUGAAAGACCUCACCAAAAAAAAAUUUUUAUUCAAUGUUAUUUGCACAUUUUGAUUUUGUCGGAAAUGCCUCUUGUUUAAGAUUAUGUUAUCUUGGGACAAAGAACACAACGCUCUAGACUCAAACAUCAUAUGUAGAGAUGUUUUAAACCAGCACAAUGACCAAAAUGUCAGUGUGGAGAAACAGACUAAACUGUGGAACCCAUCCUCCAGCAGUGCGAGACCUACGGAGCCCUAAGUCAUGCAAUAUGGCCAUUUCCAUUAACACAACAGGGAAAGUUGUACAGACCAGUAGAGGCACUAAGCAGGAUGGCCCAGUAUAUGAUUGAUACGAGUCCUCAAGUGUGAUAAAAUCAAGAAGAAGGUAUUAUUUGUUUUCCAAAAUGUUCAUUGAGAACAUUGUUUUCUAUAUUAUUAAAAUCAUCUCAUAGGAUCACAUUGAUCACUUUGUGAACAUAGAACAAAUGCCUAGAUCCAGCUGGGUUUUUUUUUUUACGCUAAAUAAACCGAUUCUGUGUCAGUGUCACAGAGUACAGCCUUCCCAACUAUUCAGGGAAAAAGAGGAGUAGGAAUAAGAUGAAAUGACAAAUAGUUAAACUUUUAAUUACAGACGGUAACUUCCCUGAAUUUCUGAAAAUCCCACUCUGACUCAUUUUUGACUGACAAAUACUAUGGGUGUAGUCAGACCAAAGUGAAAACCUGUACUGGUGGAAGUUAUACGAAAUGGUUUUAAACCCCAUCCGUGUGCUACAUCUCACAGUAAACUUUUGAUCUGGACCUUUCAAAGAAAUUUGUUGUUUGAAUUAAAAAGAUUAUCGCUGAAUUUGUGAUACUAACAUCUAUUCCUCUGCUUUAUCAAGGCAACUCCCAGUAUUGAGCGGAAACAAAUCCUGAGUGAGUUAAUUGUGCAUAAAAGCUGUCUGAGCUUGUACACCAGGCAUCUCCUUGAAGAGACUUAUUGUUGUUGUUAAGGUUUUAUGUACUGUUAUUGUUUUAAUAUGUGCCAGAUGACAACAGUGCCUAUAUUUCCAUGUUAUUUUUGACAAAAGAACUUAUACACCAAAGUCUUCAUUUGUGCAGUUUCAUGUCAAUGGCCUGUUCCAUCCAGGUCUCUUUUUUAUUUGAUACAAGCAGUCUUUGUUAACACAAAGAUUCGAUGAGCUUUUAAAAUUUUUAAAAUUCGAAUUAAAUAUUGAUUUGUGUGCCAUUCAAAGAUAAGAUAAUGUUGGUUCAAGUCAUUGUUACAAAAUAUUUACAUCUAUAAGCUUUUAAUGUACUCGCAUCAUUUCUUCUUUUAGUAACGCACAGAGUGGGGUUUUUUCCACAACAAAUGUGAGGAUUGCACAAAUGUUUGUCUUUUUGAGAAGGGAGGCAUCCUUCAAUGCAAAUGGACAUUGAUUUGGAUAGCUCUGGUGCUUCAUUUUUAAAAUAUUUUCCUUACUUAAUAAAAAGUGUACUGAAAUGGUUGA